GAUAAGGACUCGCUGCUGCUCAACGGGCUUCUACUCCAGGAGACUGUUGGUCGCGGUCGCCCAAAGGCUUUGUGCUACGAGGAUAUCCUCCUCAUGAUCGUUCGGCACCCUGUGACAGGUGCACCCACGCCAGCAAUGGCGAUUAAGUUCAUUCAUCACAAGGGAGCAGACAACAAACCGAGACCCACUAUUUUCUAUUUCACUCCGACCAAGAAGCUCAUCUUCUGUGCGGUCAGCACCAUCAUUGCUCUGGCUCUUCACGACCACGCCUUCGACGCCGCGAGUUUGACAUCCGCAUCCCAGGUACUACGAGCCCAGAUACGAGGCCCUACCCAGUGUACCCCACUACGUUGGAAGGCAUCUAUGCUUAAGACUCCUGUCUUUCGACGCAUUGAUGGCACACAGCUGGCGGCGGACGAGGCCAUGCCAUACUCUAAGUUACGGGAUGAUAUGGGCCGGCAAAGUCUCGACGCUGGCUUUGAAAAGCGUUGGACUCCGCGCUUUGCACGAAGAGGAGCAGCGAAUGCGGCGAACGGAAAUGCUCCCGACGCCGUGCGUGAUCAGAUGAUGCGCCACGAUCCUAAAUUUGCAACCUUCCACAAUGCCUAUAUCAAUGAGAAUGUCAACUUCGACCUGCAGAAUACUUUUCUAGAGGAAGAUGCUGAAAACCAGAUGUACAAACUAUUCGCGCACGUCAGCCUAACACGCGACCCUCGUGCCACAAGAGACAUGGUUCCUGUGGAAGUUUGGAACGACUUGCUACCCGACCCGGACAUUGUCAAAAUGGAGCGGCGCCGGGCAGAACUCAAAGACGGCCAAUACCGCAUACAAGGUAAGGAUGAAGAGGCUGAGAUCCGGAUGCUCACCAACCAAAUCCGCAUGAUGGAAGCUCGACGCGAUUUACACAUCGUCAAGGAAUAUCGCGAGUACUAUUUUUACCACCGUCCUACAUGGGACAUCGAGGCACAAGCUCGUGGCGAAGAGCAAGAAGAGUAUGUUGAGCCGAAAAUCGACCUACGGAUCCCCGAGCGUGCGCGUCUCGCCGAGAUUUUGUGCCAUCAGUCCGACGAUUGGACGCAGGACGACGUGUUACAGCGAAGAACCGAGGCCAUAGACCUAAUGGUGGCCUUAUGCGACAAGAGAGAAUCAGCCAAACGGGAUCGUAUCCAGCUACGGGCUCGCGCGGAACCGUCUGUUGCAGAAGAUGUCCACCCGCCGCCAACGGUUCCCCUUGUUUUAAAUGAGAAACAAUGUCCUGUCUGCGCUGGAGAUGACCGGCUUCCUUUAGAAGAGCGGACUUUCAAGUACUGCCGGACAACAGUCAGAAACGAUCAUUUCGACGACCAGCACCUUGAGGAACGAGAGCGCACCGUGACAAACGGCGGGGUUAUCCGAUGCAACCAUCCUCAGUGCCGGGAUGACCCACGCUUCCAGAAAAUGGAAUCGCUAGAUGCUUUCCGGAAUCAUGUGCGGGUUAAGCAUGGGGUUUCACUAAGAACUACAGCCCAGGUCGCGCAAAGACGCGAGAACAAAGCACGCCAAAGACGAAUGAGACAAGGGCUUAUCUGA